GACACAGCAGCAAUUAUUACGCGUCUACAUAGAUACUGAGAAUACAUCAAGGCAGCUCGGUCAUAAGAAACUUGUGCCCAUACCUUUACCAUAAUACCCCGCAUCACUCCGAUUGCAGCAUUGUUGUUUCAACACAGUCAUCAUGCCUGUUUAUCAUGUUGUUCUCUUUAAACUGAAGCCAGAUGUAACCGCUCAGCAAGUUGACAAUUGGCGAGAAAUGGUUCUUGCCAUGCAUGGCCAGGUUCCAGGCCUGCUCAAGAUUUCUUUUGGAGAGCCACUGCCAAUUACAGCUUCACGAGCACAAGGGUUCAAUAUAGGAAUUGUUGCAAUUCUUGAUAAAGCCGAUACCAUUCCGAUAUAUGCAACUCAUUCAGCUCAUCAACCGGUAAUGAAAAUGAGACAGGAACUUUGCACUGAUUCGUUAGCUUAUGACAUGGAAUUCGAGAGCUAGAAGACCGACAAAGUUGAUGGCCUGAGAUGAGAACUCUGAGGAUGUGUGAGCGAAUAUUUACCUCCAGCGUAUUAGUUCCCCUUGCAUUCACAUUAGACUCAAUCCUAUGCUCUAACCACCCAAUCCCUUUGCAACGGUUUACCUACACUAUUUCCAGUUCCUGAUAUUUAUCCAUGUAUUUUCAUCCAUGAAAUUGUACGUAUCUUCAUGAAAGACUUCUACUCGUCAGUUUUAUCUUCACUAUUCGUUAAAGGCAUCGU